AUGCGUUUCUCCUCUUCCGCCAUCGUCUCCGCGCUUCUCGCGACCGGCGCCCUUGCCGCCCCCACGCCCCUCACCAAGCGCGCCGGCGUACUGACCGCCAAGUCCUACGCCGACUUCCAGGUCUCGGAUGGCGUCGCUGGCAAUGCCCUCGCAGAGGUGCAGGCAAAGUUCCCCAUUGAUACUUCGAACCUCGCCAACGUCGACCCCGCCGACGCAAAAAUCAUAUCGGAUGCCAGGCAGACCGCCGAGUCCGCCGAGACGGACGCAUUUAACCCGGCCAUCGCAGCGGCAUCUGGGGAUGCGGCGACGGCGCUGCAGAACGGCAAGAUCAAGAACAAGGUGCUGAAGCUGCAGCUCGAGGUGCUGGAUCUGGGUAUCAGCGCGGCGCAGAGCGGGAAGGACAACAGCGCGAAGAUUGCGCAGGAGCAGAAGAAGUUGGACAACAACAUUGCGACGGAUAAGAAGAACGCGGGGCAGGCGAGCAAAAGUGUGCAAUUCAGCGGGUAA